GAGAGAGAGAUAUGGGGGCGGGGCUAGGCAGAGCCGAGUGAGGUGCUGCUGCUGCUGCUCUAGGAAUGUCGCGCUGACGUGUAAGCGUCUGUAGGCGCGUGCUGAAUAGCCUCCGACACUGAGGUGUGCUGUGCUUUUUUUUUUGACCUGGGGUCGGGGGCGGCUGCUGGUGAGGGAGCCUGAGGCCUACGUGGUUACCAUGGUGAACGCGAGGCCUGCAGCCCAGACCUCCACCCUGAGGGGGGAUGCUGACAGGGUGACGCCCCCUCCCCUUACCUGAGCCUGUCAAGCCUACGACGCCCUCCUCCGCUGCUCCUCGACCCUCCCCUCCAUUCCCACUCGCGGGGCCUACGGACCCUUCGCCACCCCCAGUGGGCAACUGAAGAGGACUCCGCCAUGCACCUCUGAGAGUUCUGGGUCUUCCCACAAAGGCCAUGGAGAAAAGGUUGGAAGACAAUUUCAGCACCAGCUCUCUGAACAUAUUGGGAGACUUAUUUAGAAAAGCUGCCAAGUGCCUGGGCCAUCUCCAUCUUCUCUACAUGUGUGCCUGCCUCAAUGCCGCCUGUUCAUAUGCAGAUGCAAGCUGGACUAGAGGCACUUGCCAGACAGGGAAGCCUCUCCAGGGAGGCCAUUUGAGGUCACUGGAUGGUGUUCACCUCCAGCUGCUGGAAGGAUUUCACUCUGUCCAAUCUUGUCAAGCUACUUGCUGUCAGAGCACUACCUGUGAUGCCUUUUGGCUCAAGGGAAAGAUGUGCAUCCAGGUGAACUGUAUCAAGCCUCAUUGGUGUCAGGCAAUCUGGACCAACACCACUGACUCGAUCUUGGUGUUUGUAAAGAGAUCUGAGCAUACGAUAAAUGCCCAACCUGCAGCAGAGAGGAGAGGUUAUCUUCCUAAAUGGCUGGACUGGAGGGAAGGACAUCAAAGUAAAACAAGGAUGAGAAGGUCCUUCAAAGAGUUGCUGGCUUACAGAACACACUUGGCAGACAUCAGGGGAAGCUUUCUUAAGAGGGACACAGGCUCCAACAGCGGAGGUCCUGUAGUCCAUCCUGCUCCAUCUCAGCCCUUGGAUAGUAAAUCCACCCAUAAUGGUCUGACAGAAGCUCCUUCUUCACAUCAAGAAACAAACCUACCCAGAAACCACAUUGAUCCAGAAAAAAACCCGUUGCCAAACAGUGAAGACUUGAGAAUAACCAAAUUCAAAAGCUCAUCUCCCCCCAGCAGCAAUAAUGUCAACAGACCAAGUGACCUUGCUGGGAGUGGCCUCAUGAGGGCCCCUGCUGGAGCCUCCACUUCAGAACCCUCUCUGGCAGCUGCAUUCCCCAGUCCUGUUGCGAACGCUGAGAAAGUCGAGCCAUCCAACAACACUUCUACCCAGCCUUUCUCGUUGGAGGAUGCCAUUCCAACUUCUAGCAGUCUUCAUGGGAAGAGUAUGGAGAAAACGCAGCUGGUUACUUCUGUUCCAACUGGCGCCCCCACCAAUAAUAGUAAUCUUGUAGUCCCAACAAACCCUGCUGUGCAACCCAGCACUGCUGCCCCAACACCAGUUAUUAAGAAACUGGCAGUUUCUGCUGGAGACAGUGUUGAAGUGACACUACCAAAGAAUGAAGUGGAGCUGAAUGCAUACGUCUUGCCUCCACCACCUAAAGGGACUAGCUACUCCUAUGACUGGAGGCUGAUCACACACCCCACCGACUACAGUGGAGAAAUGGAAGGACAGCACUCACAGAUUCUCAAAUUAUCCAAGCUCACAGUUGGCCUGUAUGAAUUCAAUGUGAUAGUAGAUGGUGAUAAUGCUCACGGAGAAGGAAUGGUGAAUGUGACAGUUAAACCAGAGCCUCGAGUGAAUCAGCCCCCUGUGGCCAUUGUGUUACCCCAGUUCCUGGAGAUCUCACUACCAACUACCUCAACAGUCAUUGAUGGCAGCCACAGUACUGAUGAUGACAAAAUAGUCAGUUACCACUGGGAAGAACUGAAGGGGCCUCUACGGGAGGAGAAGGUAUCAGCAGACACUGCGAUUCUGAAACUGACCAAUCUGGUGCCAGGAAAUUACACGUUCAGCCUCACUGUGGUGGACUCUGAUGGUGCCAGCAACUCCACCACUGCCAGCCUGACUGUGAACAAAGCAGUGGAUUACCCACCCGUAGCAAAUGCAGGCCCUAACCAGGUUAUCACUCUGCCCCAAAACUCCAUCACCCUCUAUGGGAACCAGAGCACAGAUGACCACGGCAUUAUCAGCUAUGAAUGGUCCCUCAGCCCUAGCAGCAAAGGGAAAGUGGUAGAGAUGCAGGGAGUGAGGACUUCAACUCUGCAGCUCUCUGCAAUGCGUGAAGGUGACUACACCUACCUGCUGACGGUGACGGAUUCUGCUGGCCACCAGUCCACUGCUGAGGUCACAGUGAUUGUGCAACCCGAAAACAACAAGCCUCCCAAGGCAGAUGCUGGUCCAGACAAAGAACUAACUCUCCCUGUGGACAGCACCACUCUGGAUGGCAGCAAGAGCUCAGAUGAUCAGAAGAUUGCAUCUUUCCUUUGGGAAAAAACACGGGGCCCAGAUGGUGUGAAACUGGAAAAUGGCAACAGCAGCAUCGCCACAGUCACUGGGCUUGGGGUCGGGACGUACGAAUUCACGCUGACUGUCAAAGAUGAGCGGAACUUGCAGAGCCAGAGCUCCGUUAACGUCAUUGUCAAGGAAGAGAUCAAUAAGCCACCCACAGCAAAGAUAGCUGGGAACGUUGUCAUCACCCUUCCUACCAACACAGCAGAGCUUGAUGGUUCCAGAUCCACAGAUGACAAAGGAAUUUUCACCUUCCUUUGGACUCGGGAUGACAUCAGCCCUGCGGCUGGGGAGGUGUUAAACAACUCAGACCACCAUGCAGUGCUGUUCCUUUCCAACCUGGUAGAGGGGACAUAUUCAUUCCAUCUCAAAGUGACUGAUACCAAAGGGGAGAGUGAUAUGGACAGAGCCACAGUGGAAGUCAAACCUGAUCCGAGGAAGAACAACCUUGUGGAGAUGAUACUAGAUGUGAAUGUCAGCCAGCUGACAGAACGGCAGAAGGGCAUGUUCAUCCGUCAGAUAGCCGUUUUGCUGGGAGUCCUGGAUUCAGACAUCAUCGUACAAAAGAUUCAGCCUUACACAGAGGAGAGCACAAAGAUGGUGUUCUACGUGCGGAAUCAGCCUCCUCAUCAGAUCUUCAAAGGGCAUGACAUUGCUUGGUCACUCAAGAACGAGCUGCGGAAGCAGCAGCAGUCAGGUUUCCUCAUCUUCCGAGUGCUGGAGAUCAAUACAGUCACCUGCCAGUUGAACUGUUCAGAACAUGGGCACUGCAACUCCUUCACCAAGCGCUGUGUUUGUGACCCUUUCUGGAUGGAGAACUUCAUCAAAGUGCAGCUAGGUGAUGGCGAGAGCAACUGUGAAUGGAGUGUGCUCUACGUUGUCAUUGCAUCGUUUGUUAUCGUGGUCUCCUUGGGGAUCUUUUCUUGGGUGGUGGUCUGCUGCUGCAAAAAACGUAAGGGAAAACCCAAAAGGAAGAGCAAAUACAAGAUGUUGGAUGCCACAGAUCAAGAGAGCCUGGAGUUAAAACCAAAUCCCAAAGCAGGCAGCAAGCAGAAAGCCCAGGCCCAGAACACUAGCCUGAUGCAUUCAGAAUCUGAGCUAGACAGCGACGAAGCCAUCUUUACAUGGCCGGAUCGGGAGAAGGGAAAGCUGCUGCACAACCAGAACGGUUUCCUGCGCAAUGGGCAGGUGACGCCGAAGCCGAAGAACCAGCGGGAGGAAAUCCUAUAGCCAUGGACUGGCACUCGCAAAGGGACCGCAAAUGACGCAGAAGCCUGUUCUGCUCCUCAGUUGCACAAGGAGCCUCCAGAAACCUGCUGUGUUGUGGAUAGCACUGCUAAUGUAUUACAUGGACACUUUUGUUUACUGCAGAUCUUUCUUUUCUUAAAAAAAUAUGAACUGCCUCUACUUGAAUCUGGGCUUCAAGGGAAAUUUGGCAAAAGAAGCUGUGAAACAAAAGACUGUGAAGGGUAGGCGCUGGUUCCGAAAUGCUGCAGGAUUUAAAACCACUCCUGUGAAACUGUGAAAAGUGCCAUCUUGCCCAGGACUGCAAUACAAACCCUAUGCUACUCACCCCAAAAUCUGCUUGCCUCGGGGAUGGCCAUCUUCUUCACAUGCUCCCUCUUGUGGAGGGUGACAGUUCUGACUGCAAAAAACACAGCUUUGCUCUAGCCAGGAUGCCUUGGACUGUGUUCUUUUCUAAAGCACUCACUUCAGCUGCAGAAAAGGACUGUUGGGUCCCUCUCCCCAUCUCUCACGGACUGUAUUUUAUUUCCAAAAAGGAAUAGGAGGCCGAGCUUGCAGAAUGUGAAGCACUGCUGUCUCCAGGGCAUGGGAAGAAUUUACCCCAUGGGUCACAUUUACAAUUGUAAAGUGUCCCCCUCCCCAUUUUGUGUGUGUGUUUAAAUUAUUGUUAGUCUUGCCACUGGCGGGAACAGAAGUGAUACCUCCACGUCUAUGACUCCCCUUAUCCCCCUGCAUUGUUCAAGAGCACUCUACACAUAUACUGGAAGCCUUCCCUUUGUGUAGUCAGUAACACUGUAAGACAGCAAGUUUCUCUUCCACUUGAAAAAAAAUACCUUUGAUAUGCUGUCUAUCUUACAAAGAAUAUUUGCACAGUUUGAAAGCGGGGGUGGGGGAGGUAUUGGAGACAAAGGCGGGGGUAUCAGAGACAAAAAGAUUAUUCCCUCUGAUCCCCAAUUGAUGAAUGCCUCUUCUCACUCCCAAUUCCCCUUCCCUUUAUUUGUCGUUUGUUACAUGUUCAUUGUCUGUUUCUCACAAGAAACACCGGUUGUUCAGUCACCAAGGGGGUUCAUAAACUUUUUGUUUAUUGAAAGCAACCGCAGGAGCCUCCCUUGAGCACCUAAUUUGAUAUAGAGAUUAAGAGUUUCCACACUGUACAAUCCAGCUCCCCACUCCCCUUUUUUUAGUAUGAUGGUAAUGUUUGUGAUUUACUUUCAUUUGCCACCUGCAUUGUUCUCUUCACCAACACUGUUAACCAGCUUCAUACUUGGCAAACCUUGUCUCUCCCCCAAAGGUGAAUACAUCUUUGACAGACACUCCACCCCCCACCUCCGCUGCUACCAUCAUCUAACACUGAAGGGCAACUCUUCAAGACUUUUGACCUUUGAUGAUGAGGGCUUUGUUUUAAUUUCCAAACUGGAAUUUCAGGCUCUCCAAGUCAGGAGUGGCCAGUUGGCAAUCCAGAGACCAGAUCCAGCCUCAGGUUGGCAAACCAAAAUCAAAUAGCUUGCAAUACUAAUUGUGGUCUUUUAUUAUUGUAAUUGGAGUGAGGGUAGCCAGAUGAGAAUGCUACACACUUAAGAGGUCAUGAGCCACUCUUUAAGGUGGGUUGGUGGUGGCUACAAUGGCCUCGGAGAAUGUAGAAGCUGGCCAUCCUUGAUUCAAGUGUGUAACAAGUUUUCAAGUUCUCCUGAAUUCUGUUUACAUUGCUGCACUACUGAUUUGUUGAAGGUGAUGAUUAAAUAUGCUGCUCAGCUUGUGGGGGCAUCUCUCCCCCUUGAAUUGUU